UGAGAGUUCAAUGUUCACAAUGAAUUGGAAUGAAAUUUCUGUUGAACAUUUUCUCGUUUUCCACCAAACUAUUCAUUUGAUGUUCAAUCAUUUUCUAGUGUAAACAAUUUCAUCCUUCUCAGUUUUUAAAUUGCCAACUAAUUGUUGCUCAAAAAUGUUGCCAAUCAACAACUAAUCAACUUGAUUGUUGUCAUCUAUCAACAAUUAAAAUAGAUAAUCUUUGAUAACAUACAAACACACACCAAGAAUUUUAAUCAGUUCAAUUGUUUGUAUUUAAUUUUGUGUAACAUUAACAACAAAUAUCUAGUUAACCAUAUCAGUUAAUUGUUUAGAUUGUUUUUUUUUGUGGUUUAGUUGAUUGUUGAAAUUUUAUUUUGUUUUGUUGUUCAUUGAGGAAAGAAAAACUAAAACAUUCGGAUUAACUGGUGCAAAUAACGGAUAAUAAUCGAUAGUUUUAAUAAUAAUCGUUUGAUUAUUAACCAAAUCAACAGAAUCAUGUUGUUUGACACUCGAUUUGAACCUUUCGAUGAUUACGAACCUGAAAGUCCACCAUCAUCUUUUCAUCGUAAUCAGAUUCCAGUCCGCCGAGUUAAAUCAGCUCGUAAUUACACCCACCGUCGACGUGAACGUUACUCCCUUCGAGUACCUAAAACCGUUUAUACAACUCGAGAUUACACUUAUCCAAGAUCAUUGGAAUCUAUUGACGAUUGGUCACUUUACCGUCUUAAUCCACCUUCAUCACCUUUACCUGGACCCUCGUCAUCAUUAAACGUUUCCUCCAUCAGUCCUGGUGGAUCGACAACCACCACACCCGGUUCAAUGUGUGGUGAACCAAGAGGUGCCCGUCGAGUACAAUCAUUCAGAUGCACCUCAAAGGGUGGGGUGGUCAAGAUGGGUGAUUUUUUCCUAGGUAAUGCAUCACCUGAUAAUUAUGUUGCCAAAGAAGAGGUUCCAUCACAUUAUCAUCAUUACCACCAUGGUGGAGGAGGAAAUGGUGGAAGCAGUGGUAUUACAUCAUCUUCUCAUCAUCUAUCUGGUCAAGAGUCAUUUUCAUCAUCUGCCUCUCAUCAUCAUGGUGGAAGUGGAAGUCACUAUCAUCAUCAACCAUUGCAUGUUUCACUUUCUGCAUCUUCAGCUACUCAGGGUGGAAUUUCAUCAAGAGAAACUUCCGAUGGAAGGUCAGGAGGAUCAAUGGGUGGGGGAAUGAUGGGUGGUAGUGUUAUCGGCGGUGAAAGAGGAAUAGGUUCCAACUGUGGUAAUAAUAAUAAUAAUGGUUAUCUACCCAGAGGAUCACCAACUUGUUCAAGGAAAUCUUCAAACUCUUGUGAUUCAUUACGAUCCUCGAAAACUUUUCAUGUUUUCGUAGCGGGUUUCAAGUCGGUGGGUAAACAUCGUGUCAUGAGUGCCUGUUUAGGUAAUUCGGUUAAUGAAAGGUUAAAAGCAACCAUACUUAUCGAUUAUGAGCAAUUUAACAUUAAUUUUAAUCUUAUUGAUAAAUUUGAUGAUUCAGAGGAAUUGGGUGAAGAUUCAUUUCCACCCUCAUCAGUUCAGGGUAAACGAAAUCAAGCUUUACUUAUAAUCUAUUCAAUUGCAGAUCGGAAAAGCUUUGAAAAGGCUGGACAAUUAUUAACAUUGGCUAUAUUAAGACAAGCACAUUCUCAGCCUAAAUUAUCAAUCUGUUUGAUUGCCAAUAAAUCUGAUCUGGUUCGUGCACGGGUUGUCACCACGGAGGAAGGUUCUGACCUUGCCGAUCGUUUUAAUGUUAACUUUAUUGAAGUCUCUGCGGAAAUUGGUGAUAAUAUUGAACAGAUUAUGGUUUGGAUUGUUGAAAAGAUUAAGGAAAAUCUUUCCGUUAUUAAUAAUGGUUCCAGUUCAAAGUCUUCACUUAAAACGGGAACCGUUAAGGUCAAAAAUAAAGUUAUCACUCGAGCUCGAACUUGUAUAAGACAAAUUUUCAAACGUUUCAUAUUUAAAACUCGCUCAGCUGAAAAUCUCAAUUCUAUUAAUUGAAUAAUAGCUGUACAAAUGUUUGUACAUAUUCAAAUGUCAAUAUUAAAUAUUAUUUCCCUUAAAUAAUAAUCAAUUAAUUGGGAAAAUCAAUCAUACUCUCCAUCAAUUUAAUUGUUUACCUAAUUGUGUAUCUGCUUAUCCAAACAAACUGGAAACUGUUUAAUUGUUGCUUGAGUUUCUUUAUUAUCAUUAUUAAAUAAUUAUAUAUAUCAAAAUGAUUAAUAAUCACACUUAGGUGCCCUUAAAAAUAAAAUUAAUUAAUCAACCCGUGGACCAGUAUAAUUAUAAUAACAAUUAACUAAUUAACUAAUGAUUAUAAAUCAAACAAUUUGUAUCAAUAAAAUAAUCAAUCUUAUAUAUGUAUUAAUAU